UAUUGGUUUAGGUACAAUGGCUUCGCAUCGGUUUUUGUUUGUCGCAUUGCAAUUUAUGCUCAUCAAUAGCAUUCAUUCACAGACUUGCAGCAAACGAGAAAGAUUUGUGUAUGGAGAAACAACAACUUAUUCUAUAAAAUACUAUUGCUGCACUAAUGCCAUUGAAAAGAAUGGAAGAUGUGAAACAUGUCCAAAGGGUUUCAGUAAUAAGAACAACCAUUGCCGUCAGUGUGCAGAGGGUAUUUUUGGAGAAAGAUGUGCAUUUAAGUGUUUGUGUGAGACAAACGAAAGCUGUGACCAUGUACUUGGCUGUAUUAAUUCCACCACAAGUACUGAACUGUCUUCACAGUUAACCAUUACACCAAUGAAAGAGAGAGAUCCCUCAAACAGUACGCCGCAAAGUAAUUACGUAGUGAUAUACAUGUCCUCUAUUGCCACGGUUGGUGCAACUGUUAUCAUUGCAUUAGCACUGUGGAGACAGAAGGAUUGGAUAAAGAAAAGACUAAACAGUCGGAAUCUGAGGUUUCCAAGGUUACAAGGAAAGUCUAAUGCUGAUGAGGAAUUGAAACAAAAGGCCUUUGUAAGGAAAAGUGAAAACGUAUAUGAAGACAUCAAUGAAAGAUACAUGCUCAAGGAUUUUGAAAAAAUGGAUUUUAUCUAGCACGAAAUCCUCUUUGUAAACCAAAUUUAAUAUGACAAAGAAGGACUUAACUCUAUUUAUAUAUUUUUCACAUUACACUUGAACUGCUGUUAUUCAAAGAAAAUAUUUAAAAGAGACAGGUUAUUUUUCAAUCUAAAUUGAUGCAAGCCAAAGCAAGAUCAAGAAGGUUUUUUUUAUUAAAGGUCCUUUUUGUAGACUUUUAAGGGGUUGAUCAUUUGAUUUUCAGACAAAAUUACCAUGUUAACCUGUUUAAGUUUUUCAUAUGUGUCACUCUGCUAUAGAAAAAACCCAACAUUUACCUGAAGUCUGAAGCAUUGUUUUGUAUGAUGAAAUGUAAUAGAAAAAGAAAAGAAUAAAGUUUAAAAAAUAUUGUUUAAAAUUAAAGUCAUUGAAAAUAUUUGAAAUUCAUCUUUAGAUAUAUAUAUAUAAGUAUUGUAUAGAUCCUUCAAAGUAGGUAUCUACAUACUGUAAUUUGCUUAAUGCGAAACUAUUUUUAUUGAAAGUUAACCCUGUUUGUCAAUUUGAAAUGUGGUGAACUUGUAAAGAUUGUUAAACUUUUAAUUUCCUUUUAGUUUGUGUCCUCAAAUUUUAAGUACUAUGACUCCGUGGUAAAUGACUUUUUCACAAAAUAGAGAAAAAGGUGUUCCAUUAUAAAAAUAUUAUUUUAGCGAUUGAAUAUGUUGACAAAACAAAAACAGUCAGGGGACAAUAUGACACUUAUUAUGUUUUCCUCGUUCUGAUUUGUUGUCGGAGUUUAUUAACA